AUGGAGGACGAGAUAGAAGACGAGACAGAGAACAAGAAAGGGAGCUAUCUGUCUCGCUUUAAACCUUUCUUCAGAAACUUGAGCUAUUUUGGUCUCUUGGCUUCCGAGACAGACAACAAGGCAAAGACCAGGAAAGAGAGAAGGAGAUCGAGAGUGAGCGAGACAGACAGCGAGUCAGACAGCGAGACAGACAGCGAGUCAGACAGCGAGUCAGACAGCGCGUCAGACAGCGCGUCAGACAGCGCGUCAGACAGCGCGUCAGACAGCGCGUCAGACAGCGCGUCAGACAGCGAGACACAGAGCGAGACACAGAGCGAGACAGAAAGCGAGACUGAAAGCGGGACAGAGAGCGAGACAGAAGAGGCCCGAGUGACAAGAGCCGAGUGGGAGAGUCUUCAAGAGCAGCUCAACCGAGCUCAAGAAGAACUGAAACUCAAAGAUGAACAAAUCCAGGCACUGCAGAAGGAAGUAACUGAGGUCAAAGAUCAGUUAGAGGCAGUUGAGACCAGUAAGAAAUGUUCAUUGCGUUCGGCGAGGGAGCGAUUGGAGCAGUGGAAGAAAGCCCAACGACAGAAGCAGCUCCAGUUACCAAAGAAAUCUCGUCUGAUUCCACUGGAUCAGUCAGUAGUAUUAGAGACAGAGGACGAGAUAGAACUGAAGGUUAAAGAUGAACAAAUCCAGGCACUGCAGAAGGAAGUAACUGAGGUCAAAGAUCAGUUAGAGGCAGUUGAGACCAGUUCGAGGCGUUCGUUGGGUUUGGCAAACGAACGAUCGGCCAUGUGGGAGCAAGCCCACCAACGGUUGCUGCUCCAGUUAUCAAGCCAACCUUGUCCAUCAGUCGUAAUACAGAUGGAGAGCGAGACAGAGCGCGAGAGUGAGAUAGACCUGAUGAUGAGAGAUGAACACAUCCUGGCACUGCAGAAGGAAGUAACUCAGGUCAAAGAUCAGUUACAUGCAGUUGAGACCAGUAAGAAACGUUCAUUGCGUUCAGCGAGGGAGCGAUUGGAGCAGUGGAAUAAAGCCCAACGACAGAAGCAGCUCCCGUUACAAAAGAAAUCUCGUCAGAUACCACUGGAUCAGUCAGUAGUAUUAGAGACAGAGGGCAAGAUAGAACUGCGGGUUAAAGAUGAACAAAUCCAGGCACUGCAGAACAAAGUAACUGAGGUCAAAGAUCAGUUAGAGGCCGUUGAGACCAGUAAGAAGCGUUCAUUGCGUUCGGCGAGGGUGCGAUUGGAGCAGUGGAAGAAAUCCAAACGACAGAAGCAGCUCCAGUUACCAAAGAAAGACCGUCAGCUCGAGACUCUGAUGGAGGUUAAUGAGUCCAUGACGUCUGAUGAUCAGACAAAGACUGGGUCACAGAUCAUUCAGGGCAAAGUGACAGCCUCAGUUUGCUCGUUUGACUUUAGAUCUGUUCUGGCGUGUGAGCUGUAA